GUUGGGAUUUGGAAAAUCCUGUUAAUGUUUUUCACCACUUUAUGUUCACCCAGCGUUAGAUCUAUUUACUCAAAGAAACCAGUUUGACAGCACAGCGAAAGCCCCCUGGUUGUCACUAGCUUCCAUUUAUUUAACUAGGCAAGACAGUUAAUUAAGAACAAAUUAUUAUUUACAAUGACCGCCUACCAAAAGGCCUCCUGUGGGGACGGGGGCCUGGGAUAAAAAAUUUAUAAUAUAUAGGACAAAACACACAUCACUAGAAGAGAUACCGAAGACAACAUAAGGCUGCAACACAUGACAAGAUGGUACAAACAUUAUUGGAAAAAGUCUACAGCACAAAGGUCAAGAAGGUAGAGACAACAAUACAUCACACAAAGCAAACACAACUGUAAGAGUGUCCAUGAUUGAGUCUCUGAAGAGAUGGAGAUAAAACUGUCCAGUUUGAGUUUGUUGCAGCUCGUUCCAGUCGCCAGCUGCAGUGAACUGAAAAGAGGAGCGACCCAGGUAUGUUCCAUAGCCACAAAACCCAUUUCUACAAUGUAUUAUUUAUUUUAAACUCAACCUUAAUCACACUGCUAAUCUUAUGCCUAACUAUAAACUUUAAGACCAAAAUAUAUAUAUUUUUUGUCGACAAUUUUGAGUGUGGCUGUGGAAACGUUUUAUGUCCCACCCUGUCUGUCGCGUUGAUGACGUGUACUUUUCAUGAGGUAAACAUUCUGCGCCGCCAGAUGAUACGAAGAUAUCAAGGAUGGGGACCCAAGUAAAAGAUGUAGUGAUCAAGUCUGAUGCCCCCAGUGCUCUACUGUUGGACAAGCAUGCAGACUAUAUUGCUGCCUACGGCUCCAAGAAGGAUGACUAUGAGUACACCCUGUCAGAGUAUCUGCGGAUGUCCGGUAUCUACUGGGGCCUGACGGUGAUGGACUUGAUGGGUCAGCUGACCAGGAUGAACCAACAGGAGAUCUCUGACUUCAUCAAGUCCUGUCAGCACGACUGUGGAGGCGUCAGCGCCAGCAUUGGACACGACCCACACGUCCUCUACACGCUCAGUGCUGUACAGAUCCUCUCGUUGUACGAUAACGUGAACGUGCUGGACGUGGACAAGGUGGUGGAGUACGUCAGAGGACUGCAGCAGGAGGAUGGCUCGUUCGCUGGAGACAAAUGGGGGGAGAUAGACACACGAUUCUCUUUCUGUGCUGUCGCAACACUCGCAUUGCUGGGUAGGUUGGAUGCCAUUAACGUGGACAAGGCUGUGGAGUUUGUUCUGUCCUGUAUGAAUUUUGAUGGAGGGUUUGGCUGCAGACCAGGAUCAGAGUCUCAUGCCGGACAGAUCUACUGUUGUACAGGGUUCCUGUCUAUAGCAGGUCAGUUACACCAGGUGAAUGCUGACCUGCUGGGCUGGUGGCUCUGUGAGAGACAGCUUCCCUCGGGAGGUCUCAACGGACGCCCUGAGAAACUGCCUGAUGUAUGUUACUCGUGGUGGGUGCUGGCCUCCCUGAAGAUCAUUGGUAGAAUCCACUGGAUAGACAAGUCCAAGCUGAGGUCCUUUAUUUUGGCCUGUCAGGAUGAGGAGACGGGGGGCUUUGCUGACCGACCAGGAGACAUGGUGGACCCAUUCCAUACCCUGUUUGGCGUAGCAGGCCUGUCUCUGCUGGGAGAGGGUCAGAUAAAGGACGUCAAUCCUGUUCUCUGUAUGCCUGAAGACGUGUUGGAGAGGCUAGGCUUGCACCCAGACCUCCUCAGCUAGCUCUUCACUCAUCUACACACACCAGGGUCGACCUCUCCACCUCCCCACCCUGUACCCCUUCUCCUCCCACCCCUCCACCUCCCCACCUCCCACCCCUCCACCUCCCCGGGACACAGGGCUCAGGAGACGGGUGGUUUAAGGGGGACAGACUAGUGGUGUGUAUAGAGGAAGGCAGUAGUUCCUCCCAAGGACAUUUUAAAGGCUUGAUAGUUUGCUGUCCAGUAAAUUGUCACGAAGCAUCACGUCCCUUGUCUCUCUUGGGUCCUGGUCCUCUACACCUCUUGUCCCUGCAGCUAUAGUCUUUAACAGGUCAUCUAGCAGUAUGUCAUGACAACGUUUACACUGUCUGAUAUAGCACCCUAUUCCCUAAUAUAGCACCCUAUUCCCUAAUAUAGUGCCCUCGUUCUGACCAGGGCUGUCUAAUAUAGCACCCUAUUCCCUAAUAUAGUGCACUCGUUCUGACCAGGGCCCAUAGGGGAAAAGGGUGACCUUUUUGGACACAACCCAGGAAGAACACAUCACUGCUGGUUCUCCACUCCCCUGGUAGUUAAUGUAUUGAUCGUUUACUCCCCUGGUAGUUAAUGUAUUGAUCGUUCUCUCCCCUGGUAGUUAAUGUAUUGAUCGUUCACUCCCCUGGUAGUUAAUGUAUUGAUCGUUCUCUCCCCUGGUAGUUAAUGUAUUGAUCGUUCUCUCCCCUGGUAGUUAAUGUAUUGAUCGUUCUCUCCCCUGGUAGUUAAUGUAUUGAUCGUUCUCUCCCCUGGUAGUUAAUGUAUUGAUCGUUCUCUCCCCUGGUAGUUAAUGUAUUGAUCGUUCUCUCCCCUGGUAGUUAAUGUAUUGAUCGUUCUCUCCCCUGAUAGUUAAUGUAUUGAUCGUUCUCUCCCCUGAUAGUUAAUGUAUUGAUCGUUCUCUCCCCUGGUAGUUAAUGUAUUGAUCGUUCUCUCCCCUGGUAGUUAAUGUAUUGAUCGUUCACUCCCCUGGUUAGAGGGGAACCAGCAGUGUUGAGGAUCUUCUGCACUUCUUUACAAGACCAACCAAUAAUCCCUGUCUUUUGUGAUGCUAGCAACUGGAGCUACUUACAGCUGGGAACUCACUGACCACAAACCUUGUGUUGGGUUGGAUUGUUUUCUUAAUAUACAGGUAGAACUGCCAGAAUAAAGGAACCACUAUACUUGAAGGCAGGUGCUUCCACACAGGUGUGGUUCAUUAAGCAAUUAACAUCCCAUCAUGCUUAGGGUCAUGUAUAAAAAUGUCCCAGUUGCCCAUUAUUUUGGCUACCAUAGAAGAAGCCAUAGAAAAAUGUGGAAAAAUGUCCCAGUUGCCCAUUAUUUUGGCUACCAUAGAAGAAGAGAUGUCCAGUGGCUUAGAAAGAGAGGUCUGAAAGGAGCAUAGGGGGUUUGAAGGCUGUGUGUGUCAGUCCACACAUGUCAAGCCGAGACACUGCGUUUUCUGCAUCAACAAAACACCAAAUGAUGUCAUUUCUCGUGGAAGAAUGGUGUCUUGGAUAAUCUAAUCCUGUGUAGGGUUGGUGAGUUGGAUAAUCUAAUCCUGUGUAGGGUUGGUGAGUUGGAUAAUCUAAUCCUGUGUAGGGUUGGUGAUUUGGAUAAUCUAAUCCUGUGUAGGGUUGGUGAUUUGGAUAAUCUAAUCCUGUGUAGGGUUGGUGAUUUGGAUAAUCUAAUCCUGUGUAGGGUUGGUGAUUUGGAUAAUCUAAUCCUGUGUAGGGUUGGUGAUUUGGAUAAUCUAAUCCUAGUACACGACCUAGUAGCAUCCAACAUUUUGGCGCUAAACAUUUUAAAUAUCCAAAUCUCAUCCUUCAUGGAGAGUUACUGAACCGAGUCAUUCACGUCAUCUUAAUCUGGGAUCCUUAAAUAGUUUUCCCCCCCAGAGGGAGUCUGUGAUUGUGUCCUAAACGGCCACCUAUUCCCUAUCUAGUGAACUCUUUUUGACAAGGGGCCAUAGGACUUUUUGUCAAGAGUAGUGCGCUGAAUAGGGUGCCAUUUGAGAAGCACUCUGUAUUAUAGCGAUAAUCACUUUUAACAUAUGCAUUUAUUUCCGUGUUUUUCUUUUGUUGUCUGAGAACCAUAUUGAAUUUGUUGUCAGUGUCAUAUGUGAUGUCAACUUGUUGUGCUGUUACCUAUAAAAAAAGGCUUGGCAUCAAUUCCAUUUCAAUUCAGUCAAUUCAGGAAGUUGACUGAAAUUAACUUUUAAAAUAGAAUCAUUUUGAGGAGAAUUGGAAUUUCAGUUUACUUCAAGAAUUGACUGAAUUGAAAUGCAAUUGACCCCCAACCCUGUACCUGAAUGAUAUCCACCUGUCCAAAUGUUGAGGACAAUUAAUACAUAUCUGUCUACUCACCUGUAACAACAGUGUUAACUCAUCCUGUAGUAGGCAAUAAAUACAUUGAUUCAAGGGUGAA